UGUUGUUGUUGUUGCUUUUUUGUACUUGUUUGUCUAGAGUUGAAAGCCUUUUAUUCAAUCGCACAGCUUAGUAGGUUGUGUGUAUUAUUUCAGUAAAUUAUUUUCGUGUGAAGAGCGAGAGAAAAUAUAGUAUAUAUGUAUAUAUUGUGAAUCCAUCUUAUUUAUUUUUUCUGGGUUUUUUGUCAUCAGCUGAACACAAAACGGUACAAAAAUUUUGGCAAUUUCGCUUGUAACAAUUUUUCGUCUUCUUGAAAAUCAAAUUGUACGUGAUUUUUUUUUUCUUCUCGAGUGUCAAUGAUUCGAUUGUUUUAUACUUUUGUUAGUCGAUAUCAUUUGAUGCGAAUCCAAUUUUUAACUCUUUCUAUCAUUUUGCAGAUUGUGAGAAAAAAAAAAUUUGAUUGACAAGCAAAAAUUGAUUGAACAAAAAAGAACAAAUACAAAAACAAGACAAGACAAGACAAACAACCAAAACUAACGCGACAAAUAAAGUCAAAGUAAGCGACAAAUAAAGAAAUAAUAAGUUCAAGUGAAGCCGACGUUAUUGUAAGCAGCAGAUAACAUAGCACGCAACAGUAGCAGAAAAAAGAUGAAAUUACCGUUUGUAUUUUCCGUCAGUGGAGGUGGCAAUAGCUAUCACGAGGCGUCGUUCGAUCAGGACGAUUUCGACACAGAGAACCAAGAUGACAUCGGCAGUGAGAAUGCUGAAACGAGCUUUGAGGAAUACCUUUGGAUGGAAAAUGAGGAGGAAUUCGAUAAGACCGAAUUGCAGCGUCUUGAAGAAGAAGCACUGAUGAGAGAAUGCAUGGAAAAUAUGCAAGAGGAUGGAUACGAUAAUGACGAAAUGGUUGACAGUGACAACGGUCUUUGGCCAUCACAAAGCGAGACGAUGAAUAUUCAGUACAGUGAUCAUGAACUAUCGAAAUUUGAAGUAACACCACAUGAUAUUGAAAAUUCAACAUUGAAUCCGUUAGCUCAAGAGUUUUUCCCAUCGUCGGGCAGGCUUAAGUGAAGUCAAUCGAUCUUAAGCUGACACGUUCAUUUUAUAAAAUUUGAUUCGUUCCAUUUAAUGAGAAAGAGCUCAAUUCAAACGAUUUGCAAUACGUAUAACGAGAUAUACAGAAGUAACGACGUAACAUCCCAAAACUAAAAGUAAAAUAAACAAACAACAACAACAAAAAAACACAAAACAAAAAACUUCGAAAAGGGACAAAAAACACACAAAUCUCCGUUAGCCCACAGAAAAAAAAACAUAGAUAGAAGAAAUCAUGAGAACAGAAAAAAAAUUACAAAUAGUAUAAUCGAAUCAAAAGAAGAAAAAAAAUGAGCAAAUUCUAACUAACUGUCAAAUUAUUCUCAAAUUAUGCGUCAAUCAAAUAAUUUCAUUUUGCUUCGAUUUUGGAGCAUUUACCAAAAAAAAAAAACUGUGUUGGAUACAUUUUUAAUUUUGUAAAUUUUUCGAUUUAUGAACGUUUCAUAUUGAGUUUAGAAGUGUGUAUGAAGAAAAAAUUUGCGUUGUUUUGUUAUGCACGAAAUGAUGAUGAGAAUAAUUACGCAUUUUACGCGUCCAAUUCAGAUAAUCACAAUUCGAACAAAACAAAACCAAAAAAAAAAAAAAUCUGCAUCAAAGAACAAUUUGCCAGCUAAUUUCUAUUUUUUUUUAGUUUUGAUGAUUUCUUUCUCAAAUGAAUGUAAUUUCAUAAAACACAAAAAAAACUAAUUAAAAAAAACAUCGAAUUUAGCCAAAUAAGUGGUAAUUAUUAGAGAAGAGCUAACCAAAAAAAAGGAAAAAAAACUAGCGAAAAAUGAUGAAAAAAAACUGCUGAGUCUAUUAAAAAACCGGUUAAAAAUCCAGUUUGAUUUUUUUGUUUGGGAAAAAUUCAAAUGUGCGAUCAUUGCCCAACUAGUAAUUCAUUUCCAAUUACAAAUUCAAUUCUCUUUUUUUUUUUAAAUAAUAGUGUAACCAUGAUGUGAUACAUAUUAAUAUAGGUGAAAUAAAUUUUUCUGUGCCCCUCGUUCCGACAAUGUCGGUUAAUUACUAAUUCAAUACGAUCCCCGGGGACUUUUCGACACUUAGAUCGCACACAUACAGCGAAUUUGACAUGUACGAUAUGCAAACUAAGGUUAAUUUAUUAAAAAAAAAUUUACACGUUUUUCACACAAAGAUAACACUUCCAAAAUUCAUGAUUUUUUUUUUGUAUUAGAGGCAAGACAUUUUAGAAUUCACCGAUGAAUAUGUUUAAGUAUUUAACGUAUAGUGAAUGCCAUUUGGUGAGACAAAAAAGAAAGAAAAAUUUAACGAAAACUAUCGAUGAAAUUGUCAACAUAUAUAGACUUUUGCGUAUAGCAUUUUUGAUUCAGUCAAAAUGGAAUGAAAAUGAUUUACAAA